ACCUUAAUUGAGGAAAUGAGACGAGUAGUGCUUGCUCCAUCUCUUGUCACCCCCCCACCUCAAACUCUUCUGAUUAUGAUUAGGAGAUACUGUGCUGUUCAUGAUGUUGGAAAGGCUAUAAGUACUUUCUAUGCAUAUAAACGAUUCAACUUUCAAGUUGGAAUGGAGGAAUUUCAAGGCCUUCUUUCUGCCCUUUGUCGGUACAGGAACGUAGAAGAUGCUGAGCAUCUUCUUUUCUGCAACAAAAAUGUAUUCCCAUUCAACACCAAGAGCUUUAACAUUAUUCUCAAUGGAUGGGGUAAUGUGAUUGGUAGCCCACGUCAUGCAGAGAGAAUUUGGGAGGAGAUGGGCAAGAGAGGAAUCCAAUAUGAUGUUGUCUCCUAUGCAAGCAUCAUGUCUUGCUAUUCAAAGUCUUCUAAACUCUACAAAGUAUUCAGGCUGUUUGACCGGAUGAAGAAAACCAAGAUCACUCCAGAUAGGAAAGUUUAUAAUUCGGUCAUUCAUGCUCUCGCAAAGGGUAGGUUUGUGAAAGAAGCUGUCAAUCUCCUGAAAACAAUGGAAGAUGCCAACAUUUCUCCGGAUACUGUUACUUACAACUCACUAAAUCCUUUAUGUAAAGCCCGCAAAAUUGAUGAAGCUAAAGAAAUUUUAGAUGAGAUGAUGCAGCGGGGUCUAUCUCCUACAAUUCGGACUUAUCAUGCUUUCUUCCGUAUCUUAAGGACCAAUGAAGAAAUAUUUCAGCUUCUGGGCAAGAUGAGGGAAUCGGGCUCACCCACUACUGAGACUUUUCUAAUGUUGAUAAGAAAGUUUAGUCGAUGGCAACAGCUUGACAUUGUCUUUAAGCUCUGGAGUGAGAUGAGUGAAAGUGGAGUCAACCCUGAUCGUAGCUCUUACAUUGUACUGAUUCAUGGGCUAUUUCUGAAUGGAAAGCUGGAGGAAGCAUACAAAUAUUAUAAUGAGAUGCAGGAUAAAGGCUUCCUCCCAGAACCAAAAACAAGUGAAAUGCUUCAAGCCUGGCUUUCUGGAAAACUAGUUGAAGAACAGAUGACAGAUUUAGAGCACAAGAAAUUAGAGAGUGAUUCUGUAGGAAAGAAUAUCAAGGGUAUACCUAGUAAACCAGAUAAGGAGAAAGAUUUUCUUCGCCAACCUGAGAUUAGAAGAGUAAAAAGGCGGGGUUUUUUCCUUUUGGAUCAGUAA